AUGAACGUAAAUGUGAGCAAAAUCGCGCUCUUUUGUAUUCAGCCUUUGAUUUUCGUCGUUGCCGUAAUCUCGGUAGCUUUCAACAUUGUGAGGAGGUUCUUCAAAGGUGGGCAGUUUACCGAGCAAGUCUCUGGAGAAGGACUCGUGGCAGUAGUAACCGGUGCAAACACUGGCAUCGGUUUAGAAACUGUACGAGGAUUGAGCGCAGCCAGAGUGAAGGUGUAUAUGCUCUGCCGGGAUACCCAGAAAGGUGUCGAAGCGAGAACCAAAUUGGCUCAGAUGGGCUGCGAUUCGACCAAACUCGUCCUCUUACGAUGUGACCUGGCAGAUUUCAGUACUGUUCGAGAAUGCGCUGAAAGCAUUUUAAGAGAUGAAGAAAAAAUAGACAUACUCGUAAAUAAUGCUGGUAUAAUGUUCUAUCCGAAAUAUGAGAGAACAGUUGACGGUCACGAAGUGACAUGGCAAAGCAAUCAUCUUGGUCAUGUGCUCUUGACAGAGUUGCUGCUGCCAGCCCUUAAAAGAGCUUCGAGUGCAAGAAUUAUAUUCGUCUCAUCACGUCUGCACCAUCUAUGCCGUUCCUUGGAUCUCGCGACUGUCGACGAUAAGGAGGCAUUUGGUUUACUCAGCCCUUAUACACACAGCAAACUAGCUAAGGUGAUGUACGCACGUGAGCUGAGCAAACGUCUCCAUAAGCAAGGUAUCCACAAUGUUUUUGUAAACUCUCUUCAUCCUGGUGUAGUGGACAGCAGCCUAUGCAGACACACAAUUCUGGCCAAGACACCAUUCCAGGAGCUUAUCGCUCCAAUUCGGUGGCUCUGUAUGAAAAGUGAUCGUGAUGGUGCACAAACAUCCCUCUAUCUCGCUCUCAGCAAGAAUGUUGAUGGCAUCAGUGGAAAAUAUUUCAUGGACUGCAAGAUAGCUAGAGAGAACCCUCUCGCCUUGAAUGAUCGAGCUUGUGAAGAAGUCUAUGACUACAGCUUACAGCAGUGUGGUAUUGCUGCUUAG